UCUUAAAAUGAAAGAAAAAUGCUUGGUUUUUCUGCUCUGCGCUGUUUGUGCAUUUUGUGUGAAUUUGACGGUAUUUUUUAGUAAGAAAAAUUGCGACCCAAAGUGCACAUUCGAAAACCAAAAUGCCACUUCCAAAACAAUCGGCUCGUUUCCCACAGAGUGCAGUACAGUUUGCUCCUUUCUUCGAAUAACUGAGGACACUGACUUGACCGAGGCACAGCUGGCGUCUACAUUUUUAAACAUGAAGCGUUUGUUGGGAGGUGUUAUAGUGAUAAGUACCAAAUUCAAAAGCGGAAGUUUCUUGGCGGGAUUGGAAGCGAUCGAAUGUGACGACCUCGAUGUCAUGUGGGCUCUCAAUAAUCAAAUGUUAGAAUUGGGUCUCACUAAUCUGACAUCCAUCUCUUGUGCCGGAUUUCAAGUGGUUUCGAACAAAAAGCUCAACAAACUGAAUAUGCCCAAUUUGAAAAACAUAACACUGAAUGAAUUCCCCGAGCCCACCGACAAAGCCAUGAAGUUCUCCAUCGAUUCUGGAUCCCCAGAUUUUUGCAUUACUGUUGAAGAAAUGGAGAAUUUUAUUACAGCGGACAAUGCUACAGUUGACGAGAUUUAUGGAAAAUAUUGCCCUCCAACGACGACUGAAAAUCUAUGCACAUCUCCUAACAUUUGUCAAAAAGUGUUUGGUAACGUGGAAAUUGGUCCAAACUCUAACCUAGACACCAUGAAGUCUAUCGAGAUAAUAUUCGGAAGUCUCAUCAUCAACGAGACCAAUCUGACCGAUUUCAAUUUUUUGGAAAAUUUGAAAUACGUGGCACAGUUGACUAAAGAUAAAUCAGCGAUCAUUGUGCAAAAUAAUCCCUUUCUCCUCAACAUUUCUUUCCCUAAAUUGAAGCGUGUGCGAUCCGACAAUUUCCACACCGUAGUUUUCACGAAAAACAAUCAAAAUCUGAGUCUGGACGUGAACAGCUGCUUCAAGCUGAAAAGCGAUCUGGGAAUAACUUCAGACUGGUCACCGACAUUUAAUGGAGACAAUUGUGACUCGAUGAACCGUACUGCUAUAUCCAUUGAACGGAGCAAAUCUUCAGGCUAUCAGUGCUCAUCAAUUUUCAUAAUCGUUCUUGUUGUCAUAGCAAUUUUCUGACGGAUUUUUUCAAUAAAUCUACAGUUG